CCUCCCUCUUAUGCAAGCACAACUCAGUCCAUAACAUACAUGUACCUACUCUGCACCGCCCAUCCAGCCUGGCUGCCCUCGACACUUUGUGCUUGCUAUACUCUCUUAUGGGCCACAUUCAACCCGUCUCUCUGUUUCUGAAUCCGGAUCUCUCUUUGUCUUUUCCCCGUAGGGACUGAACCUUGGAUGUGCGGUAUUCUUCGGUACUACGCUAAUCCCGCUUCUGUCCUGCUGAACGAAGCUGCUGGGGUUCCCUCGACAGGCGGCCUUGCUGCGACCACGGGGUAGCCAUCUACCUGGAGCUCCAUACACACCUUGGGGGGCCCUGGCAGUCCAAGGAACAGCAUCGAGGUCGAUCGACCCCACCAGAGCAUCAUUCAGCACGACCUCGCUCUCUCCGCCCAUAUAUCACUCUAUGUCCAGGCCCUUGACGCAUAAUCGCUAAGUAUCUCGCCUGCUUGUCGUCUCUUUGCUCUUUUCCUGGCGAUCUUCUAUCAAUACCACCUCGUAUCGUGAAGAUCUUUUCAGAUCUAUUUCGCAUAUCUGCCCUUCUCUUGGUCAUUCUUUUUUGGAUCAUCUCUUUCCUUUGGCUUUCAAACGCCUGGCCGAUCACUACCACAUAACCGCCUACCUCGCAAACAUCUUUGCCACUAUCCCCGCGUCACACGACUGCCACUGGACUGCACGUUAGAGCAUUCGUCGACCGUCAACCGCCUUCUUCUCUUGGAAAAAAAAAAGUCGAAGACCCAACAGUGACGUUACCGCUGCACCUCAAGAUCGACUAGGCCUUCUGCGACCUUUCCCCUUGGUUUCAGUGCUUGCCUCAGAAGCGGGAACUUGGAUAUGGGAACUCGUUCUUGAAAACAACAGCCUUCACCUAUCAUAUCUUCGCAGUCAUAUUAGGUUGCGUUGAGAUAUCGCUUGAGCCCAAGAAGCUGCUUUCGUGGUUCGUCGACCAAGGCUACUCGGACCUUUCCUUAUCGACACGCACAGCGUCAUUAUUUCCCAAUGCUCGUUUCCAGGCAAUGCGAGUCUGAGCAAAACCAGUGGCCUUUUGGAAAGCCCGCUCCUAGUACACGGAUGUCGACCCACUACGAGCCUCCGUUGUCGACGCAGCCGGACUGGCCGGGAUCUUAUCCCUCCUUUCUCCCGCCUGGAGACAAUAUCUUUGGACAAAGCUAUGAUCAUGUCUCCAGCUCGACCGACAAUGCGCAGCAAUCAGCCUCCCAACCACGAUCGACGGUGACGGAGAGCACUUUAGGGGGAGCAGACAAGUCACCGAUCAACAGCAGCCUGCCGGGUCUUGGCGACCGACGAAGCUUCGAUCCUUUAGGAUUGAGGCAGAAGCAGCCGUCGCCGAUUCCGGAGCAGCCUGAGGAAAGGGCGGAUAUGUAUGCUCACAAAUCUUCACAAUCAAACCAACAGGAACAACGAAGUGCAUCGGGUGAGCACCACAGUUCGAGGCUCAGCACAGACUCGUUGAUGUCGGCACCGGCUGGAGGACAAGGGCAGGACCUUUUGACGACUAGGCUUGGCGCAAAUGAGGGCCAGGGGGUCAAGGAAGAGGAGGAUGACGGGCUAGACGAUGAGGAUAUGCUGGAUGACGGAGACGAGGACGGCGGAGACGGCUCCUCACAGCCUCAGACGGCCGCCGAGAGGACUGCACAAAGGAGGAAGAUGAAGCGCUUCAGGCUCACACACCAGCAGACGCGAUUUCUCAUGAGCGAGUUUGCAAAACAGCCUCAUCCAGAUGCAGCACAUAGGGAACGACUCUCCAGGGAGAUCCCUGGGCUUAGCCCGAGGCAGGUCCAGGUUUGGUUUCAAAAUAGACGAGCAAAGAUUAAGCGCCUCACGGCAGACGACAGAGAUCGCAUGAUAAAGAUGAGAGCCGUUCCGGACGACUUUGACAAUGUACAGGCCCUGCACUCUCCAUAUGGAGCCGUGCAUACUCUGGGUACACCCAUCAGCUCACCGGUGGACUUCUCUGGGUCUUCUUACGCCGAGCACAUGAUGCGGCCCCUGAUGGUGGACGUUCGAAGGGGUGAUGGCGAAGACCACCUCUCUCCCACAGGCCUUAGUCCAGCCUUUGGCAGCAUUGGAUUCAACCCAUCGGCCAAUCUGGGCAAUUCCGACAUACUGUCGCCAAUCUCUUCUGCUACUGGUGAUCGCUAUGGCUACCCAGGGCAGCUCUCAUCUCCGUUGAGUGCAGCUCCGCGGACCUCCAACCCCUUCAACAGGCAGGAUGCAAGCAUGCAGAUGCAUAACCAUCACCAGCGCCAAGGGAUCAGAUCGCUUCAGCCUCUGCAACUGCGCGAGACCAUGUCACGGUCGAGGUCAGACUCGCUCCAGUCGCCACUGAGGUCAAGCAUGUCUUGGAAAGGAGAUUCAAUUGACUACUCUACAUACCAUGGACCUCAAAGCCCCCACCUCCCUGGCCGUCACCAGUCAAUUUAUCAGUCUGGCAGCGACAGCAUUGGCACGCCGUCGACGAUGGCUGGCUACGAUUCGAGCACUUAUACUGGCUCCACCGUCCACUCGCCCACGCACAUGACAUAUCCGACUUUCCAGUCAAGCAGCAAUCAAAACCGUACCAACAGAAUACGGUCUGUUUCCGCUGCAGCGACAAUGCAGCCUCUGAGCCUGGACCUGAGGUCAAGCCCCUACCGGCCGCCUGGUCAAGGUCUGGCGGCCCAAUCACCAACGGCACAGACGCGGACGGCGUCGGCCUCCCACCUUGGCGGCGCAUCCUCCAGCUACUCUACAAGCUUUCCAUCAGCACCUCUGACGGCGCCCGUCGACUUCAGCCUGCCACGGACCCCCAGCUACCGCUCACAGACGGAGUACUCAAUCCCACAGAUGAGCGCACCAAUUGCACCGCCUAAUGACUUCUCCCAAGCCUUCCAAAGCAUUGGUGGAGGUGCCGGCAGGACACCGAUACGUGACGGAGGCUCGGGCACCACACUGCAUCCCAUCGGCGGCGGAGCUGGAAGCCAGGCAGUCGGGUCGGUGGUGUCACCGCCUAACAGGUCCCCCGACUAUACCACGUCUUCGGAUGUUGCGCUCAAGAGAAAGCCGAGCUUCGGAGCUGGAGCUGGGGCGACCUCGGGUCCUGCAUCAUAUGGGACUUUGAACUGAGGUCGUCGGAUCUUGAGCUGAUCUGCCUUAUUACCCCUGUUCCACGAAAAGAAAUUCUCCGAAGCUUUUCUUCGACCACUGAUGGUUCAUCCCAAACAUGGGACGUGAAAAUGAACAUACCCGAAUCAUGUCUUUUACUUCUUUUUCUUUUUAUUGGCAUUUCUGGAACCAUUGGUCUUUUUUUUUCGCUUCGAGCUUUUUGCAUCAUUGACCGGAGUCCUUCUGCAACUGAAUCUAAGUUGAUUCUUUCCAAAUCUCUUUUAACAGCUUCUCUUGUAUAAAAAAUCGCUUUGUUCUCUGUUUUUACAUCUCUUCAUUUUCUGGCACAAACAAAAAAAAACUUGGAAAAUGACUGGACGAUUGUCUUGCGGUUUCACUCUUAGCUCUAUUUCCUCCCUUCUUUUUAUGAGAGAUACCAAUUCUUUUCUUCUUUUCCUAUUCUUGUUUCUUCUACGUCGUAUGAUGCAGAGGUGGGGAAAAAAUGAAAGCGCACUCUUUAUGUUGGAAUAGCCUAUUUCAUACGUCUUAGUUUUCUUGUUUUCUUUCCUCUUUCUCACAGUUCUCCUAUGUACUUUUAGUGCCGGUGUGAAUUUCCUCUUAUUGGUUUUUAUUUUUUUUUUAUUUUUCAGUGUUUGGAAGUUUGCGUACGCGGUUGUAUUUGCCCGCGUGGAUGUCGUUCUUGUUACUUGGGGAGGGUUACGGGCGAGGGUUUCCGAUUUUCUUAUGUUGCUUGGACAGGUACGGAUGGAAACACUCAUUGGAACGGAUCUGGAAAGGGAAAUAUGGAAGGUACUGGCUUUGGGGGGGACCGCAUCUCUUGAUGCUACGCACAUUUUAGAUAGGUAGCUUGCCUCUUUUUCUCCCAACUUUACGUUUGCUCAUUCAGUACGCAGUGUGGAGAUUUUUAUUGUAUAUAUUAGACAAAUCAAAACGACAUCAUAUCGGGAGAGGCACAAUUUCGCUUUGUUUUUUUUUUUCACACUUGUGCUUCCCGUCAUUCUUGCCAUUUUUUCUUUCUUUUACAAGAAUUGGGCAUUUUGUAUAUAGAUCAAGACUCGAAGCGGC